GAAACAUCAAGAAAGGACGAUUCUACUAUAUUUGUCUUAAUUCCUCGUAUUUAGAGCCAUUUAUAUGAUUGGUUUGCUUCUCCACCUUUGACUCAUCUUCUCCUACUCUGCUAUAGACUUUUGGCUUCUCUCUCUCUCUCUUCGAACUUUGUUUCCUGCUCUGUUUAUUCACCAAUGGCUACUGUUUGGAGGAGGCUGCUGACGAAAGAGACGAUCCCCCGCAUCAGGCAAAGCACGAGGAAGCUCUUCUCCACCGAUGCAUCUUCUUCUUUCGCUGAAAGACUCAGAAACCUUCCCAAAGAGUUCCCUGCAACUCAAGCCAAACGCGAUGCUUCUCUGCUCAUCGGAAGAACUCCACUCGUGUUCCUCAACAGAGUCACUGAAGGAUGUGGAGCUUAUAUUGCGGCCAAGCAAGAACAUUUCCAGCCUACUUGUAGCGUCAAAGACAGACCAGCUUUAGCUAUGGUUGCAGAUGCAGAGAAGAAAAACCUUAUCACUCCUGGAAAAACAACAUUGAUAGAGCCAACUUCAGGAAACAUGGGAAUAAGUAUGGCUUUCGUGGCGGCUAUGAAAGGAUAUAAGAUUAUAAUGACAAUGCCUUCUUACACCAGCAUGGAGAGGAGAGUGACGAUGAGAUCUUUUGGUGCUGAGCUUGUUCUCACUGAUCCAACCAAAGGAAUGGGUGGAACCGUUAAGAAAGCUUAUGAUCUUCUUGAGAGUACUCCUGAUGCUCAUAUGUUGCAACAGUUUGCUAAUCCUGCAAACACUCAGGUACUCAAAAGAGUUCUAGUAGAUCAUUAGGUCAUGUAGAUAUAUGGAGUGGAGCCUGCUGAAAGUAACAUACUCAAUGGUGGCAAGCCAGGUCCACAUGCUAUCACAGGCAAUGGGGUUGGAUUUAAACCAGAUAUCUUGGAUAUGGAUGUUAUGGAGAGCGUUCUUGAGGUUAGUAGUGAGGAUGCUAUAAAAAUGGCUAGACAAUUGGCAUCGAAAGAAGGUCUCAUGGUUGGAAUAUCAUCGGAGGCUAACACCGUGGCAGCAAUAAGACUGGCGAAAAUGCCAGAGAACAAAGGCAAACAAACUCAUUGUGACGGUUCAUGCGAGCUUUGGGGAGAGAUAUCUGUCGUCUGUUCUGUUUGAUGAGCUGAGGAAAGAAGCAGAAGCUAUGAAGCCAGUUUCGGUGGACUGAUUUGGUUUUGGUUGAUGAAGAGACUCUUCACUAUAUAAUAUCUUAUCUUGGGAGCAAAAUAUUAUGACAUAACCCACCAAAAACCAAAGUGUUAUAAGUACUGUGUUUAUUUUAUAGACAUUGGAAGAAUAAUUUAUGUUGAUGAGGAAUAUUGGAAAUAAAAGCAUUUUGUGGCUCA